CCACAGUCCUGGGGGUUGUCGUGGGGUGGCGGAAUCCCUCGCUUCGAGCCGCAUAGCGACCGUCCUGCCAGUUGGCGCCAGUCCCUGACGUUGCCGCUUUCUCCCAAGGAUCGAUCCGACUGCAGAGCCAGUAGUACACCAGGUAGAGAAUCACACACGGAUCUCCACUUUAAAUCCAAUGGCGACCCAAUGACACAGAUAUCCAAUAGCCGGAUAUGCGGCACAUGCUGUGAGGGGUCCAAAUGUGGGCACUCUUUGUCCUGACAGUGAUGGGUAUCCGGGUGGCGUCCACCUUCCAAAUAGGAGCCUCAGACAACAAUUACCCAACAUUCAAUUCAAGUAUUUUGGAAACGCACAAAAAGUUUCUUGGGUUCUCCGACAAGCAAAUUUUAGAUUACCUACUUGAUAAAAGUAGGUAUGACAAGCGAAUGCGACCCGUAGAUUACACUGUUGUGAAUGUUACUGUCUUAUUAUUGACUCUCUCCUCCCCAGACGAAUCUAGUUUAAAAUACGAAGUAGAAUUCCUCUUGCACCAAAAAUGGUACGAUCCCCGACUCAAGUUCGACGACGGAGGGAAGCACCGGUACCUGAAUGGUUUGAUGCACACAGAUCACAUCUGGUUGCCUGACACCUACUUCAUUAAGCAUGGAGAGUUUAAGUACCCUCUUAUCCCUAUACACAUAGCUCUCAGGAUCUACCCCAACGGUUCUGUGAUAUAUUCCAUGAGACGUGCCAUGGUUUUGAACUGUCAGGGAAAUCUUCAUAUUUUUCCUUUUGACAAUCUCAAGUGUCCCUUUGCUUUAGAAAGUGUUUCCCACGAGGAGACGGAAGUGGAGCUUAAGUGGUCUAAAACUGAACAGCAGAUCAACGGUGCAACCUCGCUACGACAACAGAACGCUUAUCUCGUAAAGAACGUCACCGGUGAGUGCGGGAAGCAGCACACGUGGAGAGGUAACUACAGUUGUUUGCGGGUCCUGCUGGUUUUUACGCGUGACAAGUCUUUCUACAUUAGUACAGUCUUUGUCCCGGGUGUCGUGCUAGUGACGAGCUCCUUCAUCAGCUUCUGGCUGGACAUCAACGCCGUGCCGGCGCGAGUGAUGAUCGGCGUGACCACCAUGUUGAACUUUUGCACCACGACGAACGGUUUUCGUUCCACUCUGCCAGUGGUCUCCAACCUGACCGCCAUGAACCUGUGGGACGGCGUGUGCAUGUUUUUCAUCUACGCCUCCAUGUUGGAAUUUAUCAUCGUCAAUUACCUUUACCGGAGACUUCCCGGAGCCUCUGGUACCCGACCCGUAUCGGCGCCGGUGCCCGAGUCCCUCAAGAACCCGUCCCUUGCCCAGACCAACAGUCGGCGCGUUUUCUCCGACACCAACGUCCAACAGCCCUCCCAAACGACGCCCGCCACGACCCCCAACGCCGUCCCGGAACCCGCCCUCAACCACCGGCUCCAGAGUGACAAGGCUAGGGCCGCAGCCUCGGUGUUCGCCUGGCUCAGGCGUCCUCAGCUGUUUGUCACUCCCGACGUGCGCAACAGGCAAAGACUGGCCAAGCAGAUCGACAACGUCUCCAAGGGCGUCUUUCCCCUGCUGUUCGGAAUCUUUACCAUCGGGUUCGUCCUCACAUUCGCCAUCAUCAAGCCGUCGCAGCAAGAGAACUUCAUUCUGCUCUAGCAACAGCAGCAACCUCUAGUGGCCUUUCUUCCCACGUCGCACUCUUCUGCUUCCGCCCUUCUUUGCCCUCGGUCUUGCUAUCCGUUUUAUUCUGUGAUGAGGUUCUUCGCCACACAAAAGACCCCAAAGACAUAAAAACCAUCCUUUGUCCAUCGGUUCUUCAAGAUAUGCCUGGUCUCUAAAAGAUUAAUCUAAAACUUUACGAUGCAAAAACAAAACAAAAAAAAAAAAAACGGCCUUUGUUUAUCUUUUUCAGCCCCGUAGGACCGUACCAAAUUGAUUCUGCACCUCUUGGCAGACUUUAGUAGCACACAUAUAAUGUAUGUUAUUAAACAAGAUUUAUAUUAUAUAACAUUGUUAAAUAUUGAAUAAUAUUAUAUAUCACAAUAUUGUUGAAUAUGCUGUACUACCUGGGGAACCACCUAAAUUACACUUCUCCCCCCCCCCCACACACACACAUGCCACAUUUUGUUAAUUCUAACAAAUAUCCUCUGUUCCCUAGGAGGGGAAAUUAUCUUCCUAUAAUAUUUUUUAUAGAGAUAAAAAAUGUUAUAAAUUUGUAAGUAGAUUUGAUGAAGAAAAAAUGAAAUAUAAUAUCUAAAUGAACUAUAUUAUUGAAAAAUGUUGUAGACAACAAAUUAAACGUGUCACAGCAAUAAAUAAAUUGCAAACUGUAAGCAUUUUCUAAAACGUUUUUUUUUUUAUUUAUUCGCAAUCUUGAAUCAGCCACAGGAAAUUUAUUCCAGAAUUCUUUUUAUUUAUACAGCAGAUCAUUCAAUCUAACUCCGCAAUGUUAUUAAUGGCCAUUGUUGCAUAACCUUUAUCUUCCUUGGCGAUGGCCAACCUCUUCACGUCCUUGGUAAGUCCAGUCUUCGUCGGUUUUCAACGUCAACGUUUAAAACUUAAAAUGAAAAAUUUUGUCAGCAAAUAAAGGAUCUAUGCUUCCUAUAGAUCCUUAAUUAUUUCAUAUAUAAUUCAAGUAGAAUUUCUGAAAACACUCUGUAUAGUUACACAUAAUAAUAAUAUAAAUGAAUAUAAUAACUGUUACACUGGUCUUAAUAUCAUAUUUUAACCACAGCCAAUGCCAUGGAAUGGCGAAAAUUCGCUAUGGCAUGGUAAGAAUCUCAAUUUUAUGAAGUUUGGGUGCCAUUUUCACAGAAGUUCCGUUGUGUGGACAGACACAAUGCAAUUUAAGUUUCUAAUGAUUCAAAUGCUCACCAGGAGCGACACUUCAAUUGAAAUGAAAGGGUACUGGCUCAACUGUCAUCUGCGUCUUCCGGAAAUAAGUAAACAGAAAAAAAAAAAAAAAAAGAAACUGCCAGAUCCAUUCCAAAUAGUCCUUGAGUAGUCUUAAAAGUGGAAUUAUAAUUCAUUAAACACAGGAUGAAAUUAACAGCCUGAUUGUUUUGCAUAUUCUAAAAAGGAUUCAUUUUUCGUCAAUUUCCAGUACCCACGUUACUUUGACGCACAGGCAUUUUUUAGGAUUGCCAUUGGGCAUUACAAGAACAUAUUCCCAAAACUGUAUAAAGACAAAAAUACUUUAGUACACAGCGUUCUUAAUUUUUGCAUUAAUAUGCAUGUAUGACAGUAUGAAGACGAUUGAAUAAUGAAUAUUUUUGAAUAUAUAAUAACAAUAAAAAUAUAAUAUCUCUUUUUCACCUUUCACCGUGAAAUUUAUUAUCGUUAAAUUUAAAGAAUUGAUAUUGCUUAAUAAAUCAUUAGAAAACAAACCAGGGUGAUCCAGAAAUAUUAAGAUUUCUUAGUUCUCAAAAAGUAAAAUAAAAAUUAAUCUCUCAUACAAGGAUAUAUUAGUGAAGAAAAUGUUGGCAUCACUUUGCUUCUGAAUCUUAUCCAUCAAUUGCUAUUCUAUGGAAGAAUCAUGAAUUAAAAAAUGCAAUGCUGCAACUUAAAGUUACAUGUCACAAAAUCGAAAAUUUAUCUUAGUAUUGCAAAGUUAUUAUAAUUCAUUUGUCUUAUAGAGCAAUUUAUUUGACUAAUUCAGAAAAUUAAAACGCAAAUCUAUUAUUUUUUGCUGAUUCAAAGUUGAAAGAUAAAUAUUUGUCUAAAAUUAAUUGAAACUAAACGAUUAUUGGCUAUCUUGAAGGACUGAUGAAACGGGAUGUUUCUUAAGAAAUAUACUUUGGCAAACGAAAUUAUGUUUAACAGCAGCUUGCUAACAUAUAUCCACCAAUUUUCUUUUUAAUUCGAACUUAUUACAGUUUACAAAAUGAAUAUUUUGAAAUACAUUAAUAAUUAAAACUGAAAAUAUAUUUAAAAAUGAAAUAUACAUACAAAUUUUGCAUAAAAGUAUACUCACACCAAACAAUUGUGUGGUGAAGAAACAUAUUAUCUUCCCUCAGGAUAAAAAUAGCAAAAUGUCCAACAACCGCGACGCUAAUACUCUUUCUGAAACUUUUCUCGCCUCAUAAGUUUUACAACGCUGCCUUCAUGUUUCAUUAUAAUUGUGUGUGGUCCCCUUUCUACACUUUUUGUACGACCAGGGGGAGCCUCCGUAGCAUUUUAAGGGGAGCAGAGUCACGUUCCCUAAUAGAGGCUCUGUUCCGAAUGUCAACGCAUUCUAAAGCUGGUUUUAAAUCGGAGCUGACCUAUCAAAAGAUUACUGGAGAAUAUAAUCUCAACUACGGAACCCGGACCAACAUAAAGAAAGCAAUUUCUGGAAACGGAUCGUCACCUAUUUAUGCAAAAUGGAACCAGCAGGCCUCUCCAUAGGAGAAAAGUCAACAAGAAUAUCAUAUUAUUUUAUAAGCAGUUGAAGGGUUCAUUCUUUAACAGCUCGUUUGUUAUAUUUUAAUUUUAACCCUACAAUGUGCAAAUUAUAUAUUUUCAAAUAAAUCAAUAACAAUAAUAGAGGAAACAAUUAUUAAAUUGAACUCUAAAAUUUUUAAUAUAUUUAAUUUUCUAACUAAUAAUAUCGAAAAAUUCUUACUUUAUGAUUAAUUGAUUGUUAAAUAAUAUAAAAUUAAUUUUUAAAAAGCAAAAUUAUAAAUGAUGCAAAUAUUCAUAGCUGGGCAAUGUAGGGUUAAAAUAAAAAUAAAACUUUUUUUGUAUAAACCUAUUAAACUCUUCAAAGUCUAGAAAAAAAGAUUGUAACUGAAUGAAGUUUAUAAAGUUAAACACAUCAUGGUAAGUUGACUUGAAUUUCUAAAUAUAUGCAAUAUGUGUUUUUCUAUAGGAGUGGACGGUUAAAGUGGAAGAAAAUUAUAAAUUCACAUGUAUAUAUAUAUAUAUAUUAUAUGUAUAUUUAAUUCAAGGUAAUUUGUGAAGAAACAAACUCAUACAAGUUAAAUUCAGUACCGUGCUCUUAUUGUAUGCCAUAUAUUUUCAAUUUGUGCGUGCCGUUACUUCACACAAACAGUAUUAUUAAUAUUUAUACCAAGCUUUCACCUGAGUAAAAACGAUAUUUUACUUAAGAAGAUUACUCAUAUUAACUUGGAACAAAGAUUUAACGAAAAUCUCAUCCUAGUUUGUUGAAUGAAAGGAGAAAUUCUAUUUUUAUUUUAAAUUUUGAUAAAUAUUUUUUUAAAAACUUCAAAGGGGUAAAAUUGUAAGAUGAACUGAUUGGACAUUGAUAUGAAAAAUAUGUAACCGAAGUCGUGUCAGAUGCGUCAUUUUUGCUAGCAGGAAGAAUUUUAAUUAAAAUUACAGUUAAUUAAUUAAGCAAUCAACCUCAAUUUUGCAACACAAAAUAGGCAUCACACUUAGAUAACGUAGCAUUAAAUCUCACAAGAUAUAAUUCAUAAUUUCCUAAUAAACCCUAAUUAGAAAUAAUAAAAUAUAUAGUAAAAGGAAAAAUCCGAUGACAUUUCAACGAACUAGUUCAACGAUUUCAUAAUUAUAUAGAUUCAGAAUUUUGAAAUGAAUUAAUUCCACGCUUAUGUCCAAGAUAAUGUAAAUAAAAAAAAGAAAAAAAGGGUGUAAAUUCAAUUGUUGAAAUGAUGCAAGGAAAAGUAUAUCUGAGCUAACACAUUUUUUGUCAAAAAAAUAUGUCUUUUCUUACUUACUUUUUAUGCACAAGUCUAGAUCAUUGCUAGUCACCUUAUUUUGUAAUACAAUCUCGUUAUAGUAGAACAGUGUUCAUGUCAGUGGAAAUAAAUAUUUUUAAUGCAUUUAAUUGUUAGGUGUCCCAAAAUAACAACAACCCUUAGUGACGUAUACUAAGUUUUCAGAUAUAAAUGCAGCAUAUAAGAUAAACAAACAAUAUUACAACACAGCUAGUAACAAAAUCUCAUACACAACUAUUUAUAAAGGAAAAGUUAAGAAAACUAUGAAAGUGAGAAAGUAAUCCAUUACACUUUUUAAAAAAUUUUAAUAGAAAAUUUACAUUUCACGCCGGCUUUCAAAACCGAUUUUAAGCUUUUUGGGAAGAAUAAGCUUUUUAGUCCAUAACAAAAUAAAGACGUAAAGAAGAAUGCUAUCAGCACUAUAUUUGUAUACAUUAUAAAUUUCACUAUUUUACAGGCUCUUUCUCACAAGUGCUUCGAACAGCAAUUUCAUCGAACAACUUAAACAAUUCCAUAGUUAAACUUCAAUGGAAAUGAUAGACACUGAUCAUUAAAGACUUCUUGGACAAUGGCAUUAAUAAGACAUCCACAUUAGUUUAGGGAUUUCAGUGCUUUUUUAAAUAUAGUGGUAGCGCAAUAAUGUAGACAAUGCAAAAAUUUUUUGAUUAUAGUAGUAGGCUGAAAAGAGAGUUGGCGACCAUCCUACCCAUAAUUCAGUCGAUGUUCUGAGCUGGAGUGAAAGAUUCACCAGUCCGAGACGAAAUAAAUAUCAGAUACAAUUCGUCGUUUUUAUCCGUAUGGUGGCAGAACAGAAAAGGCGUUGGAUCAAGCUGAAAGAAGGACACGCUUAGCUGCUUAUAGGAUAACAGUAUGUAGUGAUAUUGUUCUAAGAAGUAUAGGUAAAGACACACUAAAUGCUCUGAAAUAAUAGCAACGAAUAUAAAGUAAGGCACUGAACUCCAUUUCCUGAUACUCUUCGGAGAAUUACAGAUAAUCAAACAAUGGAGAGCUAAUAAUUAUUUAGGAAAGCAUUAAGAAUGUCUGUUCAACAACAAGUGUUCUUGAAUGAAGUCAUCUAAAUUAAUCUAAAAGGUAAAUUGUUCAGUCAAUUAAUCAGUAAAAUGUUCAUGAUGAUAAUCAAUUAAUUUACUUACGUAUACAAUGUUCAUCCAAUGAUUGAAUGCUAUCAAAAGAUCAUGAUUUUUAUUUAGUUGAUUUAAAUUAACCUAGCAAAUUUGUACAUCUUUAAUUUCACAAAGAAAAUUUUAAAUUAUAUGACUAAAGUGUUCUUCAGUAGAGUCUCAGUUAUCUGACAUAAUUAGGGAUCAGCCAAUAUCGAUUCAGUGAAAAACUCGAAGCAUGUUGGAGGGGAGAAAGAGAGAGAAAUAUUCUAUAUGUAAUACACCCUAUAUCAUAAAUUAAACCAAAUAACUUGCAUUAAACUAAAUAGCUUCAAUAUACAUGUAUGAAGAAAAAUAAUAUAAACUAUAAAUUAAUCAUUUAAGCCUAUCUUAAUAAUAAGUAAAAUAAAAUAGUAAUUCAAAAUAGUAUUAAUAUAAAUUUAUGAAGAUUAAACAGUAUUUUUAGUUGACAUAACAAAAUAACCUAUAAACUAAUCGUCUAAACCUAUCUUAACAAUAAGUAAAAUAAAAUAAUAAUUCAAAAUAGUAUCAAUAUGAAUUUAUAAACAGUAAAGACUAAACAGUACUUUUAAUUGACUUAAAAUAAUCCCACUGUAAAAUAAAAAUUAAUUUUUGAAUUAUGCAGAAACAUGCUCAAAAAUUAAUAAUGACUAAGUACAUCUAGACAGCAUGGAGUCUCCAACACUAAUCAUAAGGAUGUUCAACAUCAUAUAUAUAAUUCAUAUUGGUGUUCUCAAACAAUGAACAUCUAACAAUUAUGAAAAUUACAGAGUACAAUUAAAAUCAGAAAAUUUAAAUAGUUCAGAGCUGAUGUUGGUGAAAACAAAAUGUCAGAUAACAAGACGCCACUGUGUUUUGAAAAUUUCAAAAUUCCAACUUGCAUUAACUUGUUAUAAAAAUCGGUGGCAGGAUUUUUCUAAGAGGCGAAGAAUCCAUAUUCAAUUUCUGUUUCAAAUUUCUCAUGCACUAAAUUGAGCUUUAAUUAAUAUAGUUCAGAAUUAGUUCCUUAAUCAUCAUAGGAAAUUUUUCACAUUUUUUUAAUAAAUUAAAUAUUUUUAUUAUGAAAAUUAUGUAAUUAUUUGGUUGUAAUGACACCAAAAUUGCACAGGUAGAUAAUAACCGUUGAAAUAUCGAUUAAGAAGAACUAUUUUUCGGGUAAGUGAAAGUGUUUUUGAAAAGCUUGAUCCGACGCUGCCUACAUUGGAACUGUUUCCAAAAACUUUACCACAUUACCACACUCUGCAGACCACCACAGCACUACUUGCAAAUUUCUGGUGUCUAUUUUCACUCUGAGACAAUGUGUUUUCGCGAAACAGCGGAAAUAUUCAACUAGUGGAAAGCGUCAGAUUAUAGGUUUAGAUGAUUUCAUGUAGGGUUACUGCACAGAAAUCAAUGCUAAACCACGUUCCAUGGUAGAAUGGCCGCAACGCGAAAGCGCGAUACCUUUUUCGAAUCACCGACUAGUCCAUUAGUCCAUACAUGAGUAGAAGUCACCAUUUGAAGUCCACAAUCCAACAAAUAAUACUAAAAUGCCAUUAGCAAAUAAUUUUUUUAAAAAAAGAAAAACAGCAUAUUAUAAAGUAAAUGAGCACAUUUUUUCAAUAUUAAAUCGAUUCUGCAAAAGUAAACUAUUGUAGAAUAUACCACGCUAAAAUAGAUGAAACGCUGCAAGAAGAAAUUGCCGAACUGAAAUUUAUUAAAAUAAAGAAAGACAUGUACUGCGGAGAUCAGAUUUGCUUUGGUAGCAUAAUAGAUUGGAUAUGUACAUAGACUAAAAUUGAAGCUUUAUGCAUGACUUGUUAUACAUUUUUCUCCUUUUUGCAAAUGUAUACUAAUUUUUCGAGAAAUGCAAAUAUGUGAGCGAAAGCUCGAUAUACUGUACAGUGUAUACAGUUGUUAUUGUUCAUUAUGCAUCAUAUUAAUUACUUAAUAAAUACUCAUACAUCUA